GCCGUUUAUAUUUGUCGGCGCAGGGCUCUGGGUAUAUAUCACAGGAAAAUAUACACACUUUUUGCGAAUUGUUCGUUGUAAAUAUUAUUAUCUGAGAAGUAAAUUAUUAAAUUUUGAGAACAACAAAACAAAGCUAAAAUGUCUGAUAACGAAAAGAAUAUACCGGAAGGCUGGGAAGAACGCACAAGUCGUUCAACGGGCCUAACCUAUUAUUUAAACAUAUACACUAAAGAAUCCCAAUGGGAUUUGCCCACAGAACCGGCCAAAAAAGAAAUUACCUCUACCGGCCCAAAUGAGGUAAGAGCCUCCCAUUUGCUGGUCAAACACAAGGGCAGUCGUCGUCCCUCGUCGUGGCGUGAAGAGAAUAUAACACGUACCAAAGAUGAAGCUCGUCAAAUAUUGGAAGACUACCGAAAGAGGAUUGAAAGUGGCGAUGCCACUUUGGAGGAGUUGGCCCAAUUGUACAGUGAUUGCAGUUCAGCCAAACGAGGCGGAGAUUUGGGCAUGUUCGGUCGUGGUCAAAUGCAAAAGCCAUUUGAAGAGGCCGCCUUCAGCUUAAAAGUUGGUCAAUUAUCUAAGAUAGUAGAUACAGAAUCUGGACUACAUAUUAUUUUACGCACAGAAUAAGUUAUUUGCUACUACAGAACGUGUGUAGCAUCACAACUACUAAGAAGUCAAAUCAAAACCACAAAGCAUUUUUAAAGUUUAAACAUUGGAUCGACUCAUUGAAAAAAAUGGGAUUUUGUUAAUCUUCUAAAACAAAGUCCACUUUUUUCUAGUGUUGCCGUUCUAGUUACCAUCUCUUAAAACAUAAAGUUUAAUACAAUUUUUAAAUACAUUUGAGAAUUGAUCAUACUAUUAUUAUUAUUUAACAAUUUACUCCUUAAACUGCAUUUUUAAAAGGAAAAUCUUUCCGUUUGUUUUUUUUAAUAAAAACUAUUAUUUGUUUAAUAUA